CGCAUCCAUCUCUGCAUCGCCUGCCGCAACGCCGCGAAGUGCGAAGCCACGCGUGACCUCCUCCUGGCUUCCCACCCCGCCGCCCGGAUCUCUACCGUGGAAGCCGACCUGGGCAACCUGGCUUCUGUCCUGCGUGUCGCCCGUGAGCUCCGCCGCAGGUUUCAGCGCCUGGACUUUGUCUACCUCAAUGCUGGGACCAUGCCCAACCCACACGUGAACUUCAAGGCACUCUGGCACGGUCUCUUCAACGGGAAGCUGCUUCACAUGCUGACUACCGCAGAAGGAGUAAUGACCCAGACAGACAGGCUUAAUGGAGACGGACUGCAGGAGGUGUUUGCUACCAACCUCUUUGGCCACUUUAUCCUGGUUCGCCAACUUGAGUCACUACUCUGCGGUAACGAAAAGCCCUCACGACUCAUCUGGACCUCUUCUAGCAAUGCCAGGAGGUCUGCCUUCAGCCUUUCUGACUAUCAGCAUGCCAAGGGGCAGGAAUCAUACAGUUCCUCCAAAUAUGCUACUGACCUGACAAGCGUCGUUUUGAACAGGAAACUUAAUAAGCAGGGUCUGUAUUCCAGUGUUGUCUGUCCUGGCCUUGUUAUGUCGAACAUGACCUACAGAAUUUUGCCAGUUUUCCUGUGGAAGCUGCUAAUGCCCAUCAUGUGGUUGAUCCGCUUUUUUGCCAAAACUUACACUCUGACACCGUAUAAUGGAGCAGAAGCUCAUGUGUGGCUGUUCAAACAGAAGCCAGAGUCCCUGGAUGCGCUUGUCAAAUACCACAGCUGUACUUCUGGACUGGGGAAGAACUAUGUGGAGCCCAGAAAGAUUGAUGUGGAUGAAGAAACUGCUGAGAAAUUUUACCAAAAGCUGUUGGAACUGGAGAAGCAGGUUCUAGAGAGACACAGUGAUCUCCUAGAUUAAGUAAAACCAGUCUCAGUGGGAUAACACUCUUGUGUCGGUAACAUGGGUUUUCUUCAUUCUGGUGCUACUUGUAUUGCCUGCUGUUCUGCAGGCACAUGGCUUCAGACCCCAUCUUCCAUCAUGAUGGAAGGUGAACUGUUCCUGGAAUUGGAAAUGUUGAAAACUGAAGAGAAAUACUUAGUCUUUCUGGUAUGGGAUUUUUUUUCUGGCACAGUUUGGGAAGUCUCAAAACAUGUGGCUUCAAUCUGUCUUAGUGCAGGAAAGGCAACAGCUUGGGGUGCUGCCCUGCAUCUUGGCUCUAACCAGUCUUUCUGGAGGCUCAAACACAUUACCUGUGGCUGAUCCUGAAGUACUUGAAGGCCCAUCUUCAGAAAUGCUGCUUCUCAUUUGCACACCAAAGCUGGGCCUGGCUUUCCAGACAUACUCAACCUUACUGGAAGUCAGGCUCCGCACAGCAUCUGAAGCGAAGCUCCUGCAGAGCUGGCCUGAGAAGCACACCCCUUGCCUCAACUGUGAGGAUGGAUAGAUGCCUUGCUGUGCCCUGGGUAUGGGGCCAUGUAUGUUGUAACCACAACUGGCUGGAAAAACUGAAGCUGUUGAUGUUAACCUGGCUCAGGGCUCGUCUGCUCUGUCUGUAGCAAGAGUGAGAGG